AUGGGCAAUGCUGUUGAAAAACAGAAGCCUGGGAAACGAAGCCAUCUGUGCCCCUGGAAGCAAGACUCUCAGCGUUCUCAUCUCUCCUCCUUCACCAUGAAGCUGAUGGACAAAUUCCACUCACCCAAAAUCAAGAGAACACCAUCAAAGAAGGGAAAACCAGCUGAGGGGUCUGUGAAGAUUCCAGAGAAGCCUGUGAACAAAGAGGCAACAGACAGAUUUCUACCAGAGAGCUACCCUAUCCCCUUGGAUCUGGAGCAGCAGGCAGUAGAAUUUAUGUCCACCAGUGCUGUGGCUUCCAGGUCUCAAAGGCAGAAGAACCUGAGCUGGCUGGAAGAGAAAGAGAAGGAAGUUGUCAGUGCCUUGCGCUACUUUAAGACCAUUGUGGACAAAAUGGCAAUUGAUAAGAAGGUACUGGAGAUGCUUCCAGGGUCAGCCAGCAAAGUGCUGGAGGCCAUCCUACCCCUGGUACAGAGCGAUCCUCGAAUUCAACACAGCUCAGCCCUCUCCUCCUGCUACAGCCGAGUGUACCAAAGUCUCGCCAACCUCAUUCGUUGGUCUGACCAAGUGAUGCUAGAAGGUGUGAACUCAGAAGAUAAGGAGAUGGUGACAACUGUGAAGGGGGUCAUCAAAGCUGUGCUGGACGGAGUGAAGGAGCUGGUUAGACUUACCAUUGAGAAGCAGGGACAUCCAUCACCAACAAGCCCAGUGAAGCCCAGUUCCCCAGCCUGCAAGCCGGACGGCCAGCCUGAGCUCCCCCUGACAGAUCGAGAGAUGGAGAUUCUAAACAAGACAACUGGGAUGUCUCAGUCAACUGAGCUGCUCCCAGAUUCCACGGAUGAAGAGGUUGCACCUCCCAAGCCCCCUUUACCUGGCAUCCGAGUGGUUGAUAAUAGCCCUCCACCGGCAUUGCCACCCAAGAAGAGACAGUCAGCCCCAUCCCCUACCCGAGUGGCUGUGGUGGCCCCCAUGAGUCGAGCUACCAGUGGCUCCAGUUUGCCUGUUGGAAUUAAUAGGCAGGAUUUUGACGUUGACUGUUACGCACAGAGACGACUCUCAGGAGGCAGCCACUCAUACGGCGGAGAGUCCCCUCGCCUUUCCCCCUGCAGCAGCAUAGGCAAGCUCAGCAAAUCGGAUGAGCAGCUGUCCUCUCUGGACAGGGACAGUGGGCAGUGCUCCCGGAACACAAGCUGUGAAACACUAGAUCACUAUGAUCCCGACUAUGAAUUCCUCCAGCAAGACCUCUCCAACGCAGACCAGAUACCUCAGCAAGUGGCCUGUAACCUUAGCCCAUUGCCGGAGUCUUUGGGGGAGUCUGGGUCUCCAUUUCUUAGCCAUCCUUUCCAGCUGCCUCUUGGCAGCUGUCCCCAGCCAGAGGGACACUUGGCCCUGGGGCAGCAGACAGACAUGCCACCUGCUCUCCCAGAGAAGAAGCGCAGGAGUGCAGCCUCCCAGACCAUGGACAGCUCUGGCUGUAGGGUGUCCUACGAGCGGCACCCUUCCCAGUAUGACAACAUCUCCGAGGAUGACCUGCAGAACCCAGCCUCAGGCCAGUCCAUCCCCUUCACGCCCUUUGCUGCUGUUCUCCCCUUUCAGCAAGGAGGUUCCUCAGCUCCUGUCGAGUUUGUGGGUGACUUCACUGUUCCUGAUUCAACGGGUGACCCAGAAAAACCACCUCCUCUACCAGAGAAGAAAAACAAACACAUGCUGGCCUACAUGCAGCUGCUCGAGGACUACUCGGAGCCUCAGCCCUCCAUGUUCUACCAGACACCGCAGAACGAGCACAUCUACCAGCAGAAGAACAAGCACCUCAUGGAGGUGUACGGCUUCAACGACUCCUUCAGCAGCGGAGACUCGGCCCAGGAGCUGGCCCCACCUCCUGCCCUCCCCCCCAAGCAGCGGCAGCUGGAGUCACCAGCUGUGAAAGAUGGACAUCCCAAAGAUUCCUCUUCCAUUGGCAAUACACCUGGGAAGGAAAACAGAGAAGGCGGUGAAAGGACGUCAAAGUCACCAGAUGCUCUGGAGGCAGCUCAGUCAGAGGAGGAGGUGGACGAGUUGUCCCUGAUUGACCACAAUGAAAUUAUGUCAAGGUUGACACUCAAGCAAGAGGGUGACGAUGGACCAGAUGUCCGUGGAGGGUCUGGGGAUAUCUUACUGGUCCAUGCUACUGAGACAGACAGGAAAGACUUGGUGUUGUACUGUGAAGCCUUCCUGACAACCUACCGGACCUUCAUCACCCCUGAGGAGCUCAUCAAGAAGCUGCAGUACAGAUAUGAGAAAUUUUCCCCCUUCGCCGACACAUUCAAGAAACGUGUCAGCAAGAACACGUUCUUCGUGCUGGUGAGAGUGGUGGAUGAGCUGUGCCUAGUGGAAUUGACAGAAGAGAUUUUGAAGCUGCUGAUGGAACUGGUCUUUCGCUUGGUGUGCAACGGGGAGCUCAGCCUGGCCCGUGUGCUCCGGAAGAACAUCCUGGACAAGGUGGACCAGAAGAAGUUGCUCAGGUGUGCCAACUCCGACCAGCCGCUGGCAGCCAGGGGAGUAGCAGCCAGGCCAGGAACCUUGCAUGACUUUCACAGCCAUGAAAUAGCAGAGCAGCUGACACUGCUAGAUGCUGAACUCUUUUAUAAAAUAGAGAUCCCUGAGGUCUUGCUUUGGGCAAAAGAGCAAAAUGAGGAGAAGAGCCCCAACCUGACCCAGUUCACUGAGCAUUUCAACAACAUGUCCUACUGGGUCCGGUCAAUAAUCAUGUUACAGGAAAAGGCGCAGGACAGAGAACGGCUGCUUUUGAAGUUCAUCAAGAUCAUGAAGCACUUACGGAAGCUAAAUAACUUCAACUCUUACCUGGCCAUCCUUUCUGCGCUGGACUCGGCGCCCAUCCGCAGGCUGGAGUGGCAGAAGCAGACCUCAGAGGGCCUGGCCGAGUACUGCACGUUGAUCGACAGCUCUUCCUCCUUCCGAGCCUACCGGGCUGCCCUCUCAGAAGUGGAGCCUCCCUGCAUCCCAUACCUGGGACUGAUCCUGCAGGACCUCACCUUCGUCCACCUGGGAAACCCAGACUAUAUUGACGGGAAAGUGAAUUUCUCCAAACGGUGGCAGCAGUUCAACAUUCUCGACAGCAUGCGGUGCUUCCAGCAGGCGCAUUAUGACAUCCGGAGGAACGAUGACAUUGUAAACUUCUUCAAUGACUUCAGUGACCACCUGGCUGAGGAGGCCCUAUGGGAACUCUCUCUGAAAAUCAAACCCAGGAACAUAACAAGGAGAAAAACAGACCGGGAAGAGAAAACCUAG